AUGAUGGAGGCGGAGGAAGAAGGGAAAGAGGAGGGGACGAUUGCGGUUCUUUUGGGAAUAGAGACUGCACAGGUCAUGAUACUUGUUGAACCGAUGACACCAAUCUUGGUUCCUGAGUCUGGUACAGUUCGAAUCGUGUAUGUCUCGGAGUCACUGCUAUUCGGAUGCAGACCUCGUGUUGGACUAUCAUACUGGAUCAUCAGGUUACGAUCCACCGAAAACGUUCCAACCAUCGGCGCUCAGCCAAGAAGAUACUACACUGCGGACUCACCGUACUGUGGCUGGGUCAGGCGCCGUGAUAAUGAGGAAAUCAUGCACUACUUGCGCAAUGGGAGAAGAGUUCGUGGAGUUGUCGCUGAAACAGAAGCAUUUCGGUGGAUGAACGUUCAGUGUUACUGGGGCGAGUUGGAUUGGCAUGUUCAUGAUAUUAACAAUUGUAUGGAGUGCUAA